AUGACACUCACCCAGCAAGACCCUAUGUCUUUCUUCGAGGGAAACAAACACUACACCCUGCCCGAUGCCGAACAGGGCACUAAUGCGGCUCUCACCAAAUCGCCGUUCGUCCUCAGUCGGUGCUACCUUCACCUAGUCGAGAAACCGGAAGAGAACAGGACCGUUCUCCUCGCAAAGAUCCAAGAGGUGAAAGACUCCCUCCCGUUGCUUGGCGAGUAUGAUCAACGGCAGUCGUCAGCCGACAUUGUGUAUCUGCAAGCGAUCCUGGACGGUGCAGAACCCAAUAUAGCGCAGAUACUCGCGACCACGGCAUACGGCACGAUGGGCCAUUAG